GCACAGCGGAGUGAUCUGCUGGCCAUGGAAAGCGUCUUGCAACCCAACUGGAGGGAGAUAAUCAACAAGAAGCUGAAGUUCCCCAGUGAGCUCCUUGAUGCCAUCCAGGAGGGGGAUCUGUUGCGGGUGCAGCAGCUGCUGCAGGGGAGAGAUGGGAUCCUGCAACAGCAGGCUGACAGUGAGGACCGUGUGUGGCGGGAAGCCCUCAACCUGGCCAUCCGCAUGGGUGGUGGGGAGAUCACCGGGACCCUGCUGCGCUAUGUCAAGUUUGACUUCCGCCAGAUCCACGAGGCCCUGCUGGUCGCCGUGGACACCAACCAGCCCCAGGUGGUGAAGAUGCUGCUGGACCAGUUGGACCAGGAGAAGAGCAUCAAGAUGGACAUCAAGUCCUUCUCCUUGGCCUUCUUCGACCGCUCCAUCGACAACGCCCGCUUCGCCCCCGGCGUGACACCACUCACCCUGGCCUGCGAGAAGGACCUCUAUGAGAUCGUGGAGAUGCUGGUGCAGAAAGGCCACACCAUCCCCCGGCCCCACAGGAUCUCCUGCACCUGCCUGGAGUGCAGCAACGGCCGCAAGUACGACCUGCUCAAGUUUUCCCUCUUCCGCAUCAACACCUACAAGGGCAUCGCCAGCCGGGCCUACCUCUCCAUCGCCAGCAAGGAUGCCAUUCUGACCGCCUUCAAGCUCAGCCGGGAGCUGCAGCGCCUCUCCUGCAAGGAGCCAGAGUUCAAGCCAGAGUACCUCAACCUGGAGCUCCUGAGCCAGGAGUUUGCUUUUGAGCUGCUGGGGAUGUGCCGUAACCAGAGCGAGGUGACAGCCGUGCUGAACGACCUGGGGGACAGUGAGGAGGAGGAGCUGGAAUGCCAGGCCUUCGAGGAGGGCAUCCCCAACCUCGCCCGGCUCCGGCUGGCUGUCAACUACAACCAGAAGAGGUUUGUUGCCCAUCCCAUCUGCCAACAAGUGCUGUCAUCCAUCUGGUGCGGGAACCUAUCAGGCUGGCGUGGAAGCAACACGCUCUGGAAGUUCUUUGUCUCCUGUUCCAUCUUCCUGACCAUGCCCCUCCUGUGCCUGGUGUACUGGAUUGCCCCAAAGUCGCGGGUUGGCAAAAUGCUGAAGAUCCCAGUGAUCAAGUUCCUCCUCCACUUGGCCUCCUACCUCUGGUUCCUGAUCUUCCUGCUUGUGGAGUCCUUGUUCCUGGAACACAAGCUUCACAUCUUCUUGGGACGCAAUCAGACCGUGUGGGAGAACUCUCGGCACAUGGUCUGGGUGGCUGGCUUCUUCUGGUACGAGUGCAAGGAGGUGUGGAUCGAGGGGCUGCACAGCUACCUCCUGGAUUUGUGGAACUGCCUGGACAUUGUCAUCCUCAGCCUGUACCUGGCCUCCUUUGCCCUGCGGGUGCUGGUCGCCGAGAGGGGCUACCUGCACUGCCUGGACGCCCCUUCCUCGCCGGAGUGCUACUACUUCACCAGAGCCGGACGGCACGAGUGGCAGCCUGAAGACCCCCAGUUCGUGGCCGAGGUGCUGUUUGCGGUGACCAGCAUGCUGAGCUUCACCCGCCUGGCCUACAUCCUCCCUGCCCAUGAGUCCCUGGGCACCCUGCAGAUCUCCAUUGGGAAGAUGAUUGACGACAUGAUCCGGUUCAUGUUCAUCCUCAUGAUCAUUCUCACUGCGUUCCUGUGCGGACUCAACAACACCUAUGUUUUCUACCAGGAGUUCCAGCGGCUGGGGAACUUCAACGAGACGUUCCAGUUCCUGUUCUGGACUAUGUUCGGGAUGGAGGAGUACAGUGUGGUGGACAUGCCCCAGUACGCCCUGGUGGAGUUCGUGGGGCGGGCGCUCUACGGGAUCUUCACCAUCGUCAUGGUCAUCGUCCUUCUCAACAUGCUCAUCGCCAUGAUCACCAACUCCUUCCAGAAGAUAGAGGACGAUGCGGAUGUGGAGUGGAAGUUCGCCCGCUCCAAGCUCUACCUGUCCUACUUCAGGGAGGGCCUGACGCUGCCUGUGCCGUUUAACAUCAUUCCCACACCAAAGUCCCUCUUCUACUCAGUCAGGUGAUGUCAGCUCCGCAAACCGCACCACGCACGUUGGCAGGGCAUCUUUCGGUUCCUUUGCUGCUCCA